GCGGCCAAAAAGCCACAGAUCGCCCGUUGACAAGUUGUCAUCAUGGGCAACGCGCCCACGGCCAGGAAGGGCAACGAGAUGGAAAGUGUCAAGGAGUUCCUUGCUAAAGCCAAAGAGGACUUCCUCAAGAAGUGGGAGAAUCCUGCACAGAACACUGCUUGCCUGGAGCAGUUUGAGAGGUUGAAAACCCUGGGCACGGGCUCAUUUGGCCGUGUUAUGCUGGUGAGGCACAGAGAAACGGGACAGCAUUAUGCCAUGAAGAUCCUCAACAAGCAGAAGGUGGUGAAGCUCAAGCAGAUAGAGCACACUCUGAAUGAGAAGAGGAUUCUUCAGGCUGUUAGCUUUCCUUUCCUGGUGCGGUUAGAGUACUCGUUCAAGGACAACACUAACCUCUACAUGGUGAUGGAAUAUGUACCAGGUGGAGAGAUGUUCUCCCAUCUACGGAGAAUUGGCAGAUUUAGUGAGCCACACGCUCGGUUCUACGCUGCUCAGAUUGUUCUGACCUUUGAAUACCUGCACGCUUUGGACCUGAUCUACAGAGACCUGAAACCUGAAAACCUGCUCAUAGACCAACAGGGCUACAUCCAGGUGACAGAUUUUGGCUUUGCCAAACGUGUAAAGGGCCGGACCUGGACACUGUGUGGCACCCCAGAAUAUCUGGCCCCAGAGAUUAUUCUCAGCAAGGGAUAUAACAAAGCGGUCGACUGGUGGGCGCUGGGCGUACUCGUCUAUGAGAUGGCAGCAGGAUACCCACCUUUCUUUGCUGACCAGCCCAUUCAGAUCUAUGAAAAGAUCGUAUCAGGGAAGGUGCGAUUCCCAUCUCACUUCAGUUCCGACCUGAAGGACCUCCUGAGGAACCUGCUGCAGGUUGAUCUCACAAAACGUUAUGGGAACCUCAAGAAUGGGGUCAACGACAUCAAGGGACACAAGUGGUUUGCAACCACUGACUGGAUUGCCAUCUAUCAGAAAAAAGUGGAAGCUCCUUUUGUCCCCAAGUUCAAAGGACCAGGCGACACCAGCAACUUCGACGACUACGAGGAGGAGGAGAUUCGUGUCUCCUUCACUGAGAAAUGUGCCAAGGAGUUUGCUGAGUUCUAGAGAUAGAAAGCGACAGAGGAAGAAAGAAGGAAGUAGGGAGAGUCAGAGGUAGGCUGGUCAAGUGGGAGACGCAAGGAGAGAGUACUGUCUCCUGUCCAAUCACAAGCACCAGCUACAAAAAGAGGAAAAAUGGGAUAGAGAAGGGAAAAAGAGCAAGGAGACUGAUAACCAGCAGUGUUGCCUUUUCUGUUGCGUUUUUGUUGUAUUUUAUUUAUUAUUCUGUCUUAUUUAUGGAUCCCUUUAUAAUGAAGGUGUGCUUCAGAUUCAUGGGUGUUGGGAAGCCCACUUAUUUAGAGUUGCCUCUACACAUUUUCACCCAAGAUUUUCCCUUCUCUUUUUUUGUUUCUUUAUUCACUUUUGCACCACGACUUAGAGAAAUCAGUCAGUCUGUUCUAACCUACAGCAGUCUGGAAGUCAUUACAUGAAGCCCAUUGAGUCUCGUACAAGUUGAGGUCUCGGUCUGCACAAAGGUUUCUUAAAUUUAAACUGAUAUCUUGCAACUUGCUUUUUCCCUUUUGAGCAAGAGGAGCAUUUCAGUGAAAAUCUAAAGGAAUCACACAGACGUAUGCACUUUCAGCUUAAAUGACUUUUAUGUUUUGCAAUUUUGUCUUAAUUUUUCCUUAACUAUUUAAACCUUGACCGUCUCAUAUCAUAGACAACAUACUUUUUAAGUCUCUGGCACGAUGAGCCAAAAGAAAAACAAAAAACGAUGGAUUGUGUGCUCAAACUAAUUUCAUUCAGAGACAGAUGACACUUAAGGGGAAGAAGUCAAUUAAGUUUACUGUGUAACUCCAUCUAUUCUUCUUAUCAUUGUUAGCAUAGCCAGGCUUUGUGCAUAUCUACAGCACUCAAUUUUUAAAUGUUAUUAGAUACUAGUGGCUCCAAUGAUGUCAUGUCACGCUAACAAACAAGGAAAUAAUGAUAAGGGAACAGAAAUAUCUCAGUUUUAAUGGUGUUGUUAAGGAACACCAUAACAUAAUGGUAUCUCAGGUUUGAACAUAUCACUAAAUAGGCAUUUUAUCGAUGUAAAGCAUUAGAAUCAGCAGGUAAAGAAGGUGUGUGACACAGUUGCUUAUGAUAUACAGUAGAUUUGGGAAUUUAAAGUUCUGGUUAAUUAAGAGGAACAUAAGAUAGAGUUUUGGUUAGCGUCUUCCACAGGUUUCCCCUUCCAGAAGAUUUGGUUUUGCUAACUUUGACAACUCUGUUUGGUCUUAAAAGCACUUGCUGUCUCUGCUCAGAGCUCACUCACUAGUCAAGUUGAUUGUGCAUGUCGAAUCAACCAGUUGGCCCUUUUCAACUCCAAAUGAAGGAGACCAUCUGAGGCAGACUACCUCAAACUGCUUCUGGCUGGUGGUCACCAGAGCUCUUUGACCAGUCAGUGGUGGCGGUCUGAAUAGUGUGCUUUGGCUUCAUGGUCUUCUAUAGAAACCUGUUUAUGUUCAUCUCCCCAGCACCCAGCCCUCUCCUCUUAUCACAUGCAAAGUUUGACCACACUCCAUGUGACAGUCUUACAUGUUACAGCAACUCUAUUUCCAUUUCUGUGUUUAAAACAUCCACAGUUUGAGUUUUAUUUAGUUUUUCAUAUGGUGGUGAUGAUGUAAAGAUGAUUGGUACUCCACUGAACAAGUUAGGAAAAGGCAGAGCACCUGGAGCUGAAUAGAACUAGUGCUGAGAGGAGACAAAAAUGUUCUUAGUGCACAGUAUACAUCUUGUCUAUUUAAAGUACAUGACACUUAGCACUUAAGGUGUUCAGUGUCUCCUUAGCUCCUGAGCUAUGACGACAGAGUACUUAAGCAGUGCCCAAAAUGGUGGUCAUUGUGACACUAGUGUCUGUUUCAAACAUUAAAAUGCCUUCUUUAUAGAUGUAUUUUAAUGUGCCACCAUAAUGAAGAUAUUCUAAUUUGGUUCAUAUAGGCACCUCUGAUUUUCUCUCAUCGUUUUAAACUCUGGAUAUUUUUGAAUCACAUGAGUCUUUCCUGUCCAAAAUAGUUCAGAUACAGGAAACUAUGAGAAGCCUUUUCUCAGAAUUACACAUUUGUUAUGUGUAGUUAUAUGUGUGUAUCAUUUGUCAUAUGAAACGAGAUUUAAAAUGACUUAACGUGAAGCAAUUUGCAGGGUGAGCUAAAUAAUCUGUUCCAGAUUUUUUUUUUGGUCAGUGUAGCUCAAUGUCUAUGGCCGGAUUAAUCUGCUAUUUGGGCCCCAGGCCCAUAUUAAAACACCAUCCCUCCCACUAUCUGUAUAUUGUGUACAGUAAUGCAGUGUUGGAAUAUUAUAUGGCCCCAGGUUUACUGUGUGGUGAGUGAUUUAAACAGAUACUAAUUUAGGAAUAUGCACCAUGGAAGGACAGUAUCAUCUGAAUUGAUGAAGAUCUUAAAAGGCCACUCCAGUAAUUUCAAAUUGCACUUCCAUAAACUGCAUCAUUUGCAGCUGAGGCCAAAAUAUCCUGACUUUUAGUCCUUUGUAAGGGCCAAGCUCUAAAAAUUCUGGACCGUACGUCUCCCACAAUGCAACUCCGUACCGUCUUUCACCCACUUUGUUUUGAACCCUGUGUUAAUGCGGACUUUCUAUUCAAAAUGUAUAGACUCCAAGCCCAGGCUGAGACACUUAGGUAAUGACACUUUUUUAUUUACAAUUGUUUAUUUGACAAGGACAGUGCUCAUUGAUCAAUACAAACACAAAUGUAAAUGAGCCAAAGUUAGCCUAGAGGGCUAGUUGUCAUCUGUUGUCCCUGGCCAGAUGUUAAAAAGCCACACUAAAAAUAGAUCAAAUGUUUUUCAAAAUUGAUACACACAACAUAGUAAGUAUGCUCAGAAUAGUACAAUACACACCCACCAACAAAUAAUGCCAUAGUGUAACACAAAGCUUGAAAAUCACAUAAUGAAGCAGGAUCCACCUUAUAAUGUCAGUUGAUUCUUAAAUGUGGCAUAUUCCCAAUCAAAGUUACAAUUAAGCAAAUUACCACACACCAGUUGCCACAGUGAACCUGGGGAAAUUGAACAAGACAUCUAAUUUGUGACCAAAGGGUCCAUCCACUUCCCAGUAUUACCCUCCCUCCUUUUCAUAUUCAUUGCUCAAUGACUGAGCACUGAUUCCACCUCUCUCCUCAUACAGAGGUGAAGCAGGUGAAAGAACUCCUUUUACUAACCAAUCUGAAGCUAAAACCAUAAGCCACAGGGUGGCUACAUGCCUAUGUAGUCAUUGGCAGGCUUGUUGGUUGUAAUGGUCUAAUUUAAAAACUGCUUUAUUAUUAUUAUUAUUAUUAUUAUUAUUAAUAUUGAUAUUAUUAUUAUGUCAUUGUAAACCACUUGUUGAGACUUCACAUUCGCUGUAUUUCCUCCAUGUCAAGUUUAAUGUUGACUAUAUCAUCAUGGACAAAAUGUUUGAAGUUAUAAUACAAUAUUAUUAUAUAUUAUUAUUGUUUUUGCAGUGACACAACUUCCUCUCGAUGCAGGCACAAUGCUGGUUCAUACUGUCGCACUUUUUAGGGAAAUGAGACCCCAAUGUAAAACAUGUUAAACCCCGCCACACACACACACACACACACACACAUACACAUACACACACACACACACACACAC